AUGGAACACAGUUCACACAAAGAGAGGGAGGCCGGCCACGGUCUACCUGACAAGUCUGUCCAAGCCGCGCAUGACUUUAUCGAGCAUGCGGAGCACGAUAGGGAAGAGGGUGCAGCGAGAUUUGCUAAUGCUGACUCUAGCUUCUGGCUCUCUUUCACCACCAUCGCCAACAUGGAAUGCCUCAAACUUGCUCUGGUUUCAAGCCACAAUGCCACCUGGAUCCGGGAGUAA